UUACUAUUAGUAUUUUUCGAAUAUUCACAAAAACGAAAACAUACUAAAUGCAAAGGAAACACUUCAAUGUCCGGAAAUAUAAAUAGCUGACUUCCUGAUGGUGAUUUAGUAGAGGCACACAAACACACGCACCCAUACAUACUCUAGAGGCAGGAGAAUCAAUCCAAGAUGAAACGAAAGAGAUGUGACAUGGAAGAGGCAACCAAGAAGAAGAAGAUGACAGAGAUUGGAUCGGCCAUUGAAGAACUCUCUCUUCUUUCCAUAGCCAAGACCACAAUAGUUACUACCAAAAUAGAAGCCACCAACAUCAUCAAUUUACCUUUGAAGCCUCUCCUCUCUUUCUGCAAAUUAAUCGUCCAAGUUCUUGGUAUAUAUAAGAUUGGCCCGACAAUGGCUGUUCUCCGACAAGACAUUGAUCAAAAUAUUCAAAGAUUAGAGAAGACGUGGGAAACUGAUCCUAUCGUGUACUCAAAUUUGGUUGAGAUAUUGAGAAAAGAAGCGAAGGAAGGAUCUUCUAAGAAGCCUAAAAGCUGCAGCAGAGCUGCUGUUUGGCUAACCAGAGCGAUGGAUUUUACAUUGGCCCUAUUGCAACGGCUUGUCAAAGACAUGUCACAGAACAUGCAACAAGCCGUCGAAGAAAGUUAUAAUUUGACUAUAAAACCUUGGCAUGGAUGGAUCUCUUGUGCUGCUUUCAAGGUUGCUCUUAAGCUGGUACCAAACAACAACACAUUCAUCAACGUGCUUGCGGGUAAAGACGAGAGUUACCAGAUGGUUCAAGAUGAUAUAAGAAGUUUGAUUUCUUUGCUCAUUCCACUUCUAAGCCAGCUCCAUUCUAUUUUGGAAUUAUACGAAGUGCACAAACUAAAGUCAACAUGAGAAAGAGAACCGAAAAGGGAAGGAUUUAAAGGGUUUAGUUUGGUUGUAACACAAAGUCUAACUUGUAGCAUCUCUUUUCUAAUGAAUUUUUAUCGAUUUUUCUUCGAAUGAAUUGUUCGUCUAACAGCUUUAUCAUGCAUGCAAUGAUGAUUUUCUUUGUUGGUA